CCCGCUUCCGGCUGUUGCCGGGCCCUAUAUCCGGUGUCCGCCCGCCCUCGGCUCCGCCGCCGCCGCGAUGCUGUCCCGGUCACGCUGCGUGUCUCGGGCGUUCAGCCGCUCGUUGUCUGCUUUUCAGAAGGGGAACUGCCCUCUAGGGAGACGUUCCCUGCCUGGGGUCUCCUUAUGUCGGGGACCAGGUUACCCUGACAGCAGGAAGAUUGUUAUUAACAACAGUAGUGUCUUCAGUGUUCGCUUCUUCAGAACUACAGCUGUGUGCAAGGAUGAUGUGAUUACAGUCAAAACCCCAGCGUUUGCAGAAUCUGUCACAGAGGGAGAUGUUAGGUGGGAGAAAGCUGUUGGAGACACUGUUGCAGAAGAUGAAGUGGUUUGUGAGAUUGAAACUGACAAGACAUCUGUGCAGGUCCCAUCACCAGCAAAUGGCGUGAUUGAAGCACUUUUGGUACCUGAUGGGGGAAAAGUAGAAGGAGGCACUCCUCUUUUCACGCUCAGGAAAACUGGCGCUGCUCCUGCUAAGGCCAAGCCACCAGAAGCUCCUGCUGCUGCAGCCCCAAAAGCAGAGCCUACAGCAUCGGCAGUUCCUCCUCCCCCUGCAGCAUCCAUACCCACUCAGAUGCCACCAGUGCCCUCACCCUCACAACCUCUCGCUAGCAAACCGGUGUCUGCAGUAAAACCCACUGCUGCCCCUCCCGUAGCUGAGCCAGGAGCUGGCAAAGGUCUGCGUUCAGAACAUCGGGAGAAAAUGAAUAGGAUGCGGCAGCGCAUUGCUCAGCGUCUGAAGGAGGCCCAGAAUACGUGUGCGAUGCUGACUACGUUCAAUGAGAUCGACAUGAGUAACAUCCAGGAGAUGAGGGCUCGGCACAAAGAUGCUUUUCUGAAGAAACAUAACCUCAAACUAGGCUUCAUGUCGGCAUUUGUGAAGGCCUCAGCCUUUGCCUUGCAGGAGCAGCCUGUUGUAAAUGCAGUGAUUGACGACGCAGCCAAAGAGGUGGUGUAUAGGGAUUAUAUUGACAUCAGUGUUGCGGUAGCCACCCCACGGGGUCUGGUGGUUCCCGUCAUCAGGAACGUGGAAGCUAUGAAUUAUGCAGAUAUUGAGCGAGCCAUCAGUGAACUGGGAGAGAAGGCUCGAAAGAAUGAACUUGCUAUUGAAGAUAUGGAUGGUGGUACUUUCACCAUUAGCAAUGGAGGUGUUUUCGGCUCGCUCUUCGGAACGCCCAUCAUCAACCCCCCUCAGUCGGCCAUCCUGGGCAUGCAUGGCAUCUUUGAUAGGCCAGUGGCUGUGGGAGGCAAGGUGGAGGUGCGGCCCAUGAUGUAUGUGGCACUGACCUAUGAUCAUCGGCUGAUCGAUGGCAGAGAGGCGGUAACUUUUCUCCGCAAAAUCAAGGCAGCGGUAGAAGAUCCCAGAGUCCUCCUGCUGGACCUUUAGGAGGAAGCCACGUACCCUACGCACCAACCAUGCAGGAACUGAAAACCAGUCUUCUCCCUGUCCCCUCACGGGUCCCAGGUUGGCCUGGUGUCAGGCACAUGUUGUUGGCCUCAAGCAAGGAAACCAGGGCACUAUGUAACCAGCAGCCACAGGUCUCUUCUUGGUAUUCUGCCAGGCUCUCCCCUUCUGUGCACCCUUCUCUUACACUCGAAUAUCUUCUUUAGGCUUGAGGGAGAGAGCGCCUUAAUGGAUGCUCAUUAAUAUUUCCUGCCUUUCUCCCAUUAGUCUUGUGCAGAGAUGAUUUUGCUUCUCCCCUGUGCCAGUGUACUACAAUAGGGAAACCACUGGGGACCAUGUGAUCAAGUUUGUAUCUUUUGAAAGUCUGUUCUGGACUAGGAGGGGAUGGUGUCUCCCAAGCUCAGAGCGGC